UUAUUGUUAUCUUAAUUCCAGUCUUAUCUAAUAUACAGGUAUUUUGAUGAACACAGUUACAUAAAAUAAUGGAUUUAAUAAGAUUUGGAUUAUUAACAGUUAGUGAUAGCUGCUAUAAGUACAAAAAGGAAGAUAAAAGUGGACCAGAAGUAGAACUUUGUAUUAGUAACAAUGGAACUGAAAUUGGCAAAAUUUUAAGGGGCCAAGUAUUUCAUAAAGAUAUUGUGCCAGACGAUGAAUAUGCAAUUAAGGAAAAGCUAAUUUCUUGGAGCGAUUCUAGACAGGUGGAUGUUAUUUUUACCAUUGGUGGUACAGGAUUUUCUAAAAGAGAUGUGACUCCAGAAGCAACAAAAGAAAUUAUUCAAAAAGAAGCACCUGGGUUAGUCAUAGCGAUGUUAACAUCGAGUUUAAAAAUUACUCCAAUGGCUAUGUUAUCAAGAGCUGCAUGUGGAAUACGAGAUAAAACAUUAAUUAUUAACUUACCUGGCUCACCAAAAGCUGCAAAAGAAUGCUUAAGUGUAAUUGCACCUGCUAUAUCACAUGCUGUUGAUUUAAUUAGAGACAAUACAGAAAAAAUAAAAGAUACACACGAAAAUGUACAAAAUGAUUCUACUACAGAAAUUUCUUUACAACAAUGUCAAAACAAACAUACUUUAUGUUCAGGAAAUAUAACUGGGCGAUAUAGAGAAUCACCAUAUCCAAUGGUUUCAGUGGAAGAAGCUUUGCAAAUGAUAUUAAAAUACGUUGAACCAUUAAAUAACAAAUCAGAUGAAGAUUUGGAAAAGGUUCAUGGUAAAAUAUUAGAUAAUGAUUUGUAUUCCAAAUAUGAUCUACCACCAUUUAGAGCAUCUAUUAAAGAUGGUUAUGCAGUCUUAGCAAAUGAUGGAAAAGGCAAAAGAAAAGUAUUAAGUGGAAUAAAAGCUGGGAGCACUGCAAGUGGAAUUAAGCUUCAACCAGGGACAUGCGUAAGAGUAAAUACAGGUGCUCCAAUUCCAGAUGAUGCAACAGCUGUUGUUCAAGUUGAAGAUACCAAACUUAUAAAAAAAACUUAUGAUAAUAUAGAGGAGGAAGAAAUCGAAAUUACAACAGAUGUGAAAUAUGGACAAGACAUUAGACCUAUUGGGUGUGAUAUAAAACGAGGAGAGUUAAUUUUAAAAUCGGGGACAAAACUUGGAGCAAUAGAACUUGGCCUUGCCGCAGCAUGUGGCUACAAACGGAUAUCAAUCACCAGUAUUCCAAAAAUUGGUGUAUUGUCUACUGGAGAUGAAUUGCAGUGUCCUGGUACUGCUUUAAUGCCCGGACGUAUAUAUGAUAGUAAUAAAGUUACAUUAUUAUCGAUGUUAAAAGAAAAUGGCUAUGACUCCAUAGAUAUGGGCAUUGCAGUAGAUGACGAGGUCGUUAUGGUGAACAAGAUUAAACAUGCUAUAAAACAAGUUGAUGUAUUAAUUACAUCAGGUUCUGUAUCUAUGGGCGAUAAAGAUAUGUUAAAACCUAUCUUACAACAUUAUUUUAAAGCUACAAUACAUUUUGGACGUGUAAACAUGAAACCUGGAAAACCAACUACUUUUGCAACGUGUAUGUUUCAAAACAGAAAAAAAUAUUUUCUAUGUUUACCGGGUAAUCCAGUUUCUGCAACUGUUACUAUGCACUUAUUUGUGUUACCUUUAUUAAAGCAAUUAUCUAAGGACUACUCUACACCUACUAUCGUGAAAGCAAAAUUAACAUCAUCUUAUAAUUUGGAUCCGCGUCCUGAGUACGCAAGAACAAUUUUAAAGUGGACUGACACGGAUGAUCUACCAUUAGCUUACAGCACUGGGAAUCAAAUUAGCAGUAAACUACUUAGUUGUAAAAAUGCGAAUGCAUUAUUAAUGUUACCAGGACGCACAGCAGAAAAGACAGUACUGGAAAAAGGAGAAGUUGUGCAAGCAAUGUUGCUAGGAUUUAUGCACUAUACGUGAUUGAAUUAAAAGACGAAUAUUACAUAAGAUAAAAAUAAAAAUGUUAUAAAUGUUUUAUUGUUUUAUAUUUUGUUAACUGUGCUUAUAGA